AUGGUGGUCAACUACAGCAAGUGGGACGCUCUCGAGCUGUCAGACGAUUCUGAUAUCGAAGUUCAUCCAAACGUGGACAAGAAGUCUUUCAUCCGUGCCAAACAGAAUCAGAUUCACCAACAAAGAUACCAGCGUAGGCACGAAAUAGAGACGCUCAAGUAUGAACAGAUCAUAAACGAUGGCCUACUGGAACGAAUUAACGCCUUGCUUGACGCCCUCAAGAAAUAUCAAGAUGAGGCCCGCAAUCCAGAUGAGCUGGUGUUCCAAGCUCUGAUUGAAAGUGCUGGUGACCCUGCCAAAGAUGAACCUCCCAAACCUCCUGAGGGCGUCUAUUCCCAGCAGAAAGAACCUACACCCAAGUUCUCUAAAAUGAUUGGCAACUUGGUAGACGAGGUCAAGAAGGAUGUGGAUGAAAAGAAAGAGGCCAAUAGAUAUCAGGGUUUCAUCAAUGGGGUGACAGGACAUCUCACGAAGGUUCAAAGUCUACAACAGGAAUUACUGACCAAAUUGGCAUCCUUGGAGAAGGAAGAAAGCUCGAAAAUCACAAGCGAUAGCAUACAUACAGGCUUCAACACAUCGCACGUCGCGAAGCCCACAGAGAAACCCAAGAGCACUCAAGCUUCCAAGGAUAAGAAAGUAGAACUCCUCAACCCCGGCGCAGGCCCACGAGAAACCUUUAAAGGACAAGACAGUGCUGUCUCCUCUGGCGCUGAAGCCGACAUCGAAGAUGGCUCCCUUGUCAAAUCCGGCGAAGACUCUGACUCCGACAUCCAACCCACCCCACUCGGCAAAGAGUUCGCCAAAAUCAAACUUGGCGACUACAAGUCCUGCCUCCAAUUCAUCUCGCAACACCCGUCCAUUGUCUCCGAGCGCGAAACCGACGGCCUCCUUGUCGAAGCCUUCAAUGCCGCAAUGGACAACAAACACAACUACGCGCGUCAAUGCGUACACCAGGGCCUCCUGCUCCAAUACUGCAACAAGCUCGGCCGCGACGGGAUCGGACUGUUCUUCAAACGCAUCACCACCAAAGACCACCAGGCCGGGAAAGUCUUCAUGGACGACGUCAACACCACGUACCAGCGCAUCAAAACGCGCGCGGCCGAACUCCAAAAGGAGAAGGCCGAGAACCCAGCUUCCGAGGGUGUCGAGCAGAUCCAACUCCACGCCGUCGAUCCCAACACGAAGAUCCACAUCGUCGUGCCCGAGCCCGACUCCACCGACCCCACCGAGAUGGAAGCCCGCAAGAUCUUUGACUCCUUCCCGCCGAAUCUGCAGAAGGCAUUACAAGCUGCCAGCUUGGACAAGGUGAAUGAGGUGCUAGGGAAAAUGAGUGUGGAGGAGGCGGAGGAGGUGGUGCAGAAGCUGGGGGAGGGCGGCAUGUUGAGUCUGGAGGAGGGGGUGGUGGAUGCCACGACUGAGGAGGGUCGGAAGAGGUUGAAGGAGAUCGAGGAGGAGAAUCGCAUCAAUGCGGCUAAGGAGCAGGAGCAGGAGGGAAAUGAGGCGACCAGCAGGAUCGCGGAUGGUAAGACGCCAGAUCCGGAGUGA